AUGAAGGAGCUGGGCGUCGUGUGCGUCGUGUGCAAGUUCUGGAAGGAGGCCAGCGAGGCCGACUGCCUGUGGAAGUCGAUCACCUUAAGUCUCUGGGGCGGCCUCGGCCUACGUGACGUCCAGCGCGCCGCCGCCGCCACCACCACCUCCACUUCGACAACCACCAAGGACACCGCGCUGCGACUAGCGUCGUCUCCCUUCUCGUCGCCCAAGCCAUCGCGAAAGCGUGGCCUGCUGGGCCUGCUGAGCGGUAGCGGCAGCGGCUUCCACACGAGCGGCGGCGACGAGAUCGGCAGCGGCGGCAGCGGCGAGGCCCAGGCGACAUCGGACAAGGGCGCGAAGAGCAGGAGCAGCAGCGUGGAGCUGCAGCACCACAACAGCGGCAACGGCGCGUCGGCGGAGGCGCAGGCGGACUCGGCGGCGGCGUCGACGUCGGCGUCGGACUACCUGAGCUCGUUCAGCACGCUCAAGGACCUCUACCGUCACGAGUUCGAGCGACGGCAGCGGCGCGGCGAGGACGAGUACCGCAUCGUGGUCGUCGGCGCGUCGGGCGUCGACAAGUCGGCCAUCUGCGUGCGCUUCGUCCAGGGCUCCCUCAUGCUCACCAAGUACGAUCCGACGGCGGAGGAAAGCUAUCGCGUGCGACGAAAGGUGGACGGGCUGCCGUGCAUGUACGACAUCAUGGACACGGCGGGCCAAAUGGAGUACAGCGCCCUGCGGGACCAGUACCUGAAGAGCGGCCACGGCUUUCUCCUCGUGUACAGUGUAACAUCGCCGGAGUCCUUCCAAGCCCUGGAGAAGCUGCGUCUUCAGAUCCUGCGAAUCAAAGAGGAUUCGACCGUGCCGAUCGUCUUCCUGGGCUCGCACGCUGACCGGGAGAGCCAGCGCCAAGUGAGCCAGGACGAGGCCCUCUUCCUCGCCGAAAAGCUCAACUGCGGGUGGCUGGAAUGCUCUGCCAAGACCGGGCAGAAUGUGAACGACGCCUUUGAGCUCAUCGUGCGGAUGAUCAAUCGAUGGCGCGCGCUCCACCCGGCCUGGAACACGCCGAAGAGCAGGCAGGAGGCCACCAUCAAGAACCGGGUCAAGAAGAAGAUCCUCUUCUGGCGCGAGAACAACAGGACAUGA